GAGGAGGCGCGGCAAGAAAGCUCUGGGGAGGACAGUUCUGCGCCGCCUCGCAAGAAAAAGGCGACAGAAGCUGCAGAACCAGAGGCCUUGGAGCGGCGAAGCUCAGAAGGUGCUUCCAGCCGGGUCGUGUCCGAAGGCUCCGACGACCCUGAAGAGACGGCUCCAGUGGAAGCCGGACACGAGAUGUCGUGUAAAGCUCCUGCAGAGGAGGACGAUGACACAGGCCUGCAACAGCUGCCGGUGGUCUCGGUCUUCCCACCCGGCCAUACCCUGCUGCCUCUGCCGGGGCAGCUUCGGGGUACACGGGCCUACUCGGAACAGGACAGCCGCCAGGUUGGCUACGACCUGUCCCGACCGCAUGACAGCGAAGUG